AUGGAUCUCAAUAGCUUGAAGGAUCAAGUGAGCAAUCUCACGCUCUACGACCUCAAGGCGGGAUUCCGCAAGGCCCAAAAUGCGGUGAUGAAUUAUACAGAGAUGGAGGCCAAGGUCCGCGAGGCAACAAACAACGAGCCAUGGGGUGCAUCCUCGACUAUGCUACAAGAGAUUGCCAACGGAACCUUCAACUACCAACUACUGAACGAGAUCAUGCCCAUGAUCUAUAAGCGCUUCACCGAGAAGGCCUCUGAAGAAUGGAGACAGAUCUACAAGGCGCUACAACUCCUCGAAUACCUAAUCAAGAACGGUUCGGAACGAGUUAUUGACGAUGCGCGCUCUCACGUCUCCCUCCUCAAGAUGCUGCGGCAGUUCCACUUCAUUGACCAGAACGGCAAAGAUCAGGGCAUCAACGUGCGCAACCGUGCCAAGGAGCUCGCCGAACUCCUCAGCGAUGUCGACCGUAUCCGAACUGAGCGCAAGAAGGCGCGAGCGAACCGAAACAAGUUUGGUGGUGUCGAGGGCGGAGCCGGCAUCGGCAUGGGUGGCUUAUCAGGAAGCGGCAGCGGCGGUGGCAGCAGAUACGGAGGGUUUGGCAGUGAGGAGCGGGCAGACUAUGGCGGCUACAGAGGGGAAGUAUAUGGCGACGGCGGUGGCUUCGGGGGCAAUCAAUCUGGCUUCGCAGACACACAACAGAGACGCGACAAGUUCGACGAAUACGACGAGUACGACGAGGGCGAGAGUGCUAGCCCAGCACCAGCACGGCGGAGAGAGCCCACAACCGCCCACGCAAAGAAAGAGGUCAAGAAGGAAGAACCGAAGCCGAAAGCGCCCGAGCCGGUCGUCGACUUGCUUGCCUUUGACGAUGAGCCUGCACCCAUGUCGACUUCGGCAGGGAAGCAACCCGUUACUGCUGCAAGUGACGACUUUGGCGACGACGAUGAUUUCGACGACUUCCAGUCUGCAGCACCGGCAGCACCUGCAUCCAAGCCAGCGGCACCAGCUUACAACAUCGUCUCCCCUGCGUCUACGUCUACCAUUACCUCAUCAACCCAAUUCGCCGCUCCGCAAGCUCAGUCUUCUGCACAGAACAACAACUUCAGCAAUCUGCUCGCUACAGUCUCGCCACCACCCGCGGCAAACAAGAUGAGCGCACCUCCCUCCAUGACCUCGAGCUUCUCGCAGCCACCGCAGCCGUCAGGAUACCAAGCCUCAGGCCCGAACUACUUUACUUCCGUACCUCAGCCCGCUCCUCAAUCAGCGUCGUCCACGCCUUCUGUCAUGUCACCUGGUGGACGCAUUGGUGGAGGUAUUGGCGGAGGUGCCCCCAAGAAAGCUGGCGGCGACGCUUUCGCUUCUCUGCUUGCCGGAGCUGCACCUAAGAAGGCUUCUACACCAACACAAAAGGUUACCAUGGGCGACCUGGCAAAGCAGAAGACUUCUCAAGGUCUUUGGGGCGCCCCGGCUUCUACGCCUAGUACGCCGGCUGCACAAACACCGCAAUCAGGAUCUAAGCCUGGCGGUGCUUUGGGAGAUCUGCUAGGGUAG